GUGGAGGACGCCAUCUUGAAGAGGGUCACCUUUCAAUGCAUCUCCGUCCCUGCCGCUAGUAACCCGGGCAUCUCUCGCGUACGCGAGGUGCAACCGUGCGGAAGAAGGUGGGUGAAUUAUGGCUUCCUACAGAAUGCGAAAAAUUGUGAUCAUAGGCGGAGGUGCUCUUGUGGCGACAUAUAUCGCUGGGCAGUACACCGAUCGGAGUAGGCCCGUCGUAGUUGCCGCCUCAGCGAAGGACGCAUCCCGACCUCACGGCCCGUUGCUGCCUCGAGCCACGCAUCUGAAAAACCUCAAAGAAACACCCGAGUUCGACGUUCUGAUCAUCGGUGGAGGAGCAACGGGAUGCGGAGUUGCCGUCGAUUCACAAAGCCGCGGGCUCCGCACUGCGGUUGUAGAAAUGAACGAUUUCUCCUCUGGCACCAGCAGUCGCAGCACAAAACUGAUCCACGGGGGAGUGAGGUAUUUACAAAAAGCAGUCAUGAACCUCGACUUGGAACAGUAUCGGAUGGUACGCGAGGCUUUGCAAGAGCGAGCGAAUCUUCUCAGCAUCGCACCGCACCUUGCGAACCCGCUGCCGAUCAUGUUGCCCAUCUACCGGUGGUGGCAAGUUCCAUACUAUUGGGCCGGAAUCAAGCUCUACGAUCUCGUCGCAGGCAAGCAGUGUUUGAAAAAAAGCUACUUCCUGUCUGCGAAGAGCUGCCUAGAGUUAUUUCCCAUGUUGAAGAAAGAACACCUUUGUGGGGGUCUCGUCUACUACGACGGUCAGCACAACGAUUCACGUAUGAAUAUUACGCUAGCUCUAACCGCAGCACGAAUGGGAUCUACUAUAGCCAACCACACCGCAGUCGUUAAACUACUCAAAAAGAAAAAUGAAGAAGGCAAAGAAGUAUUAUGUGGUGCUACGGUGCGUGACAUGCUCACGGGUAACGAGUUCGACGUGCACGCAAAGUGCAUCAUCAAUGCCACGGGACCCUUCACGGACAAAAUAAGAAAGAUGGACGACCCAAAUGCGCCUAACAUCUGCCAGCCUAGUUCCGGCGUUCACAUUGUGUUGCCCAGCUACUACAGCCCAGAUAACAUGGGGCUCCUUGAUCCGGACACGAGUGACGGUCGCGUCAUCUUCUUCCUUCCGUGGGAACAAAACACCAUAGCGGGUACGACGGACCGGCCCUGUCCCGUCACCGAAAACCCCGCGCCCACCGAAGACGACAUCCAGUUUAUCCUGAGCGAAGUGCGACACUACCUGAACCAGGACGUCGAAGUGCGGCGCGGCGACGUCCUCUCCGCUUGGGCCGGCAUUCGCCCGCUCGUGCUCGACCUGAACAAGAGCAAACCCGGAAGCACGGAAGCGAUUGCCAGGAAUCACAUCAUUUACGUGAGCGACUCCAACCUCGUCACGAUCGCCGGCGGAAAGUGGACGACGUACCGCGUGAUGGCGCAGCACACCAUAGACGCCGCCGUCCGGGCGUGCGACUUAAAACCGACGGCCGAGUCGAGUACGCUCGGCAUGACGCUCGAAGGCGGCCACAAGUGGACGCCGACCAUGUACAUUCGCCUGGUGCAGGAUUUUGGAAUAGAACCCGUCGUCGCGAAGCACCUCGCGAGCAGUUACGGCGACCGGGCGUCGUCCGUUGCCAAGCUCGCCGCUCUUACGGGCAAGCGCUGGCCCGUCCUCGGCAAACGGCUGCACGAAGAGUUCCCGUACCUCGAAGCUGAAGUCCGCUAUUCUAUAAAGGAAUACGCCUGCACCGCUGUUGAUGUGAUUGGUCGUCGGCUGCGCCUGGCCUUCCUGAACGUCCAGGCCGCGCAAGAGUGCCUUCCCCGCAUCGUAGACAUCAUGGCUGAAGAGCUCAAAUGGAGUAAAGCCGAGAAAGAAGAACAGUACGUAAGGGCCAAGGAGUUCCUCGACGUCGAGAUGGGCGGCAACGUGAACGUGAUGUCUAGGCAGCCCCUUCAGAUGAGCUUCACAAAAUCCGAGAUGGACCAAUUUAUUGCCAAGUUCCAGACCAUCGAUCGUGACCACAAGGGCUACAUCAGCGUCAUGGAUCUGCGACGCAGCCUCAAGACGGCUGGUGAGCACGUGUCGGAGCAGCAACUUCACGAGAUGCUAAAUGAGGUGGACAUCAACAAGAAUGGCCAGAUUGAACUGGGAGAGUACCUGGAGCUCAUGAACGCCAUCAAGACCGGCUCCAUCACGGAGAGCAGGGUGGCGCGAGCCGUGGAUCUCGAGUACGACCGGCACUCCCCCUCCGUCGACCGCAGCGGAGGAGGAUUGUAAUUGCCGACGUGCUUGGUUUUGAGGGCGACAGACAGCAUUGUGAGGUCUCGGUGUGAACGGCGCGGAUGACACUUGUGAAUGUCGCUUUAUUUUAUUUUCAACAGUGAUUUCUUGACGGACGCGUUCGACUGGUAAGGGGGGAAAGUUUGUAGAGGCUGGAAAAAAAAACAAUUUAGAUCAUUAACGGGGAUGUUGGGCUCUUCACACACAGACUUCAUAAUGGUUGGUUGUUUGGAACCGCAUAUAACAUCAUCUAUGUGAGUGCAUGGAUGACUGCCUCCUCAAAUUAUGGACCCACUGCUGCUUAGUUGUAGAAAAAAAAAUGUGGGCAUAUGCAAAUGCCUGUGUGUGUAUGUAGUGAAUCGUGUCUUACGGUAGAAAUGAAGGUUGUUUCCUCUGCUGAAAAGUUCAAUAACCAAUUUCUUUUAGCGAUACUCUUCUUGCAUAAGAGAAGUAGGAAUGAAAUUCCACUUUUACUUCGUGGCUAAGCCACUUUCAAACUGCUGGGAACACCCUCCACCUUUCUCUUCUUAACUUAUAUUAAUUUAUUCUACACAUCAUCGAGCUUCUGUCUCUUUGUGUGCAUCCUCGUGUUUAUCUUCUAUUUUACCUGCAGUUUUUUUUUUUGUCCUUCAUGCCUCACAAUUCCACUUGAGAUAGCAAGCUCGUUAUCUUGCGUCUGUCCAGUACGUGAGGUUUUGUUGUACACUCUACUUGCAAAGGGUUGACCCAGUUACCCUUCUCUGUGUCUCGUAGUGUAGUCGAGCGAAGAAGAAAGAGAGGCAAGCAAGCUGAUGGCAAUGAACCUUUCGGGUAUUUUUCCUCGAGUAUGAAUUAAGUUUGUCCCAUCACGUCUCCUGUCUUUGUUUCUUCUCCCGAUACUCAAGGAAGCUCCAAGUAGUUUAAUUCUCAUCUCCGAAACGACUGCACGUUCCGUUUGAUGAGGACAGCAUACGGCUUUCUUUCGUUAAGUGUCCAGAGAGUCGCUUCGGAAAGGGGUUUACUGUUUCUAGUUUUAGUCCGUCUUAUCUUUAACAAGGGGUUCCGCGGUUGCGGAUUAUAGUUGUAGGUAGAUUUGGAAGGAUGUUUUUCGUAUCUCCCGUUUCUUUCAGAUGUUGCGCAUUAAUGGAAUUUGGUUGGGCUGCUAGACUGAAGUCAUGCUGCAUUCGUAUGUUCUAAUCGGCAUAUCCUCCGUUAUUUAGGUACUCUGCAAUAGUUUGCGUGCUUGGUUUAAUUUCGCUACAAAAAUUACGGAUGCAAAACAUUGUGACACGAUAAUGUUGGAGUCUGUCAAUAGGUUGUCACAUUGUCUACUUUAGCAACAUAAUUAGCCCUCUGCUGGAAUUCAGAGUUUCUUGCUCAGGGUUAACUCUGUAAAACACAAACUUACCAGCAGUUAUAUUGGUGAGUGCCUUUCAAUUCUUUUAUCUUUCCUCUUUUUAAGGUUAAUUCCAAUAGCUCUGCAUGUAGCUUGUCUGCAAUCCAUGGGAGACAGGAAUUCCUUAAUGCAUCUCUCCAGUUCUAUUAGGAAUAAAGAGCAAGCAUCUCGCAGACAAUUGCAAACACAAUGGGACGUUUGUUUGAAGAAACCGUGGUAAAAAGAUUAUGCAUUUACUGCUGAUAACCAUUAGGUGAAAAUACACUGAUUGAUUAAUUGAUUAACUACCUAGACUGGAAGAGGAACUGGUAGUACGGAUGGCAGGCGUGCAAUAUUGCCUGACAAGGAUAAAAUACAAAUCGGUUUGCUAGUGACACUACCAAACAGAGAAUCGAUUUUAUUUAUCUCAAUCCCUUUUAGGACGUGUUGGUGGACUUGGACACCAUGCCAGCUUUCGCAUCCUUGGACGAGCUUGUUCUCGACUGUUUAAUUCAAUCUGAAGGACACCCCCAUGCAUGUGUCUGUGGUGCCAAGAAAAAACCCUUUCUCUUUGGCUUCUGCUAAUAAUAGGACCGUGGCCUGUUCUCACCUUUCUUCGAGCUGAUGUUUCAAUAUUCUCUGACUGGACCACCUUUAACUGCGACCUAUUCCACAAACACUGGCGUGCAAUUCUUUUAAAUUUAACGUGUUCAUAAUUUUGUGUCUGCUUGCCCUUACCAUUCGCCAAGCGUGAUUAGAUUUCUCUAUUGUGAUACGGUAAAAUGAGUAACGCGAACGUAUGUGAUAGGCAGGUACUUUUUUUGCAUUUGAAAGUUUAACGUAGAUUUUAUUUUUUCCCACUUGUUUUACUGGUCUGUGUUCUAGUCUUGCGCUGGUGACUUCGUAGAAGUUUAUUCGCGGAUACUAAUUAUGUCAAAAUAAAUCCUGCGUUCUUACGGUAUCCUUAUGCAUUUGCACGUGUAACAAAUGCAAGAUAAGUAUCCAGUUAUACUGGUACGAAGCAUAUUCACAGGGGAAAGUUGGAGAUCCACGUGAAUUGCAUUGUGAAAGUGUGGCUGUCCUUUGACUGUCUUUUCCAUUCAUUGUGCUACCGCACACCUGUGAGGGUUUAUGCUCCCAAGGCGUCUUUGAUGAUGGAAUCGAGAUUCCUAACUUGCAAUUUGUGACUUUUAUAUACUUAGUGUUAUCGGGAUAGUUUAGUCCUACGUUUAUUUGUUAGAGGCGUCAACCGUUGCAUAUGCCAGAGUUUAUUACGACUUGCAUGUAUUUACCUGCUAAAUAAACUAUUUCCUAAGCA